CCUCCUCAAAAUCUGCCCAGCUUUAGUAAGAGUGGACUUAAAGUGCCACAGGGCUGCAGCUGAAACCCAGAGACAAGAAUAUUAUUGCUGUCUCGGCAGGAGCCAAAGCGGAUUAAGCCCACAAAUAAGGCCACUCCAAAUCUGAUGCGGCAAAUAUGAGAGGAGGGAUGCCGUCUCCAUGCACUGCAGUCUACCACUCAGCGAACAGGGGAAAGGGGAAGGCUUUCUCUGUGGGGUUAGAGUGGGCUUCCAGUCGAGGUUCUUGCUCUGAGACACUGGAGCUCCGACUUAACAAUCGGCGAGAUAAAACAGAGGGGAGCUUUGGUGUAAAUCACAGUUUUUCCACAGGCACUAACCGAACAACAUCCACCCAAUACCCUGUAGUGUCGUCUCAGGCAGCUUCAUUUCAUACAGCCAGUGUCCUACUGCUGCCUCACAGCUCCGGAACUUCCCAUUCUGGAGAGGAGGAAUUGGCUCAUCCACCUGCACUACAUCCGCAAAGACUAUGAGAUCUGCAAGGCAAUGAUCAAAGAGCAGCUACAGGAGACCCAGGGAAUGUGUGAAUAUGCCAUAUACGUACAAGCGCUAAUCUUGCGUCUGGAGGGGCAGAUCCAGCCAUCCCUGGAGCUGUUCCAGAGUUGUGCCAUCCUCAAUCCCACCAGCCCCGACAACCUCAAACAAGUGGCCCGAUCGCUUUUCCUGUUGGGGAAACACAAGGCAGCCAUUGAGGUUUAUCAGGAAGCUGGGAAGCUCAAUGAGAAAGACUGGGAGAUCAACCAUAAUCUGGGUGUAUGCUAUUCCUUCAUAAAAGACUUCCAAAAUUCUGAAGAGCAGUUGAAUGCAGCCCUGCGGUUGAAAAAACACGACAGGACAUUCAUGACACUGGGAAAGGUCCACUUGUUGGCGGGAGACACGGACAAAGCCAUCGAAGUGUACAAGAGUGCAGUGGAGUUCUCUCCAGAGAAUGCAGAGUUGCUGACCACUCUGGGGCUCCUGUAUCUGCAGUUGGGAAAAUACCAAAAAGCAUUUGAACAUCUCGGGAAUGCACUUACUUAUGACCCUAAUAACUAUAAGGCCAUCCUGGCAGCAGGCAGUAUGAUGCAGACCCAUGGGGACUUUGAUGUGGCCAUGAACAAGUACCGCGUGGCAGCGUGCAUGGUCCCCGAGAGCCCCCCGCUCUGGAACAACAUCGGCAUGUGCUUCUUUGGCAAGAAGAAAUAUGUAGCAGCCAUCAGCUGCUUGAAGCGGGCCCACUACCUGUCUCCGUUUGACUGGAAGGUACUGUACAACCUGGGCCUGGUGCACCUCACCAUGCAGCAGUAUGCCUCUGCCUUCCACUUCCUCAGCGCUGCCACCAACCUGCAGCCCCACCUGGGAGAACUCUACAUGCUACUAGCAGUUGCACUGACCAAUCUGGAGGACGUGGACAAUGCCAGGAGAUCCUAUGAACAAGCUGUGGCUUUAGACCAGUCCAACCCUCUGGUCAACCUGAACUUUGCCAUUCUGCUGUACAACCACGGGGACAAGAAGGGAGCCCUGCAACAGUACCAGGAGAUGGAAAGGAAAGUCAACAUACUGAAGGACAGCAACACUGAGUUUGACCCUGAGCUAAUGGACAUGGCUCAGAAGAUGGCCACUGCCUUGCAGGUGGGAGAGAGCCUGGAGUGGACCAAGCCGGUCAAAGACCCCAAGUCUAAGCAGCGCUCGGCUGGGGCCCCGAGUAAAACCCCUGGCAGCUCCCAGCAGCCCUUAGGCACCAACCAGGCCCUGGAGCAGGCCAUGUCCUCUGCCGCAGGCUACAACAAGAGCAUCUCACUCCCCACAGGAGUGUCCCCCCACAGCCAGCCCACGCCCCCCUCCCUGGCCUUGGAGGAGGAGCCUGAUGUGGAGACCACCCCCACCCGAGCCCCUCAGCCAGAAGAGUCAGACCCCUCCACCACCAUGCCCCCUCUGGCAGCCAAACCCAAAGUCAAGAAGAACAAGUUGAAGCAAGAGCUGAACUAGACGUCCCGUAUCCAGUCCACAGGCCAGUAGUGUAUCAUCACUCCCAGAAUGUCACUCAGCUUAUCUAGUCCAUAGGCCUGUAGUGUAUCAUCACUCCCAGAAUGUCACUCAGCUUAUCUAGUCCACAGGCCUGUAGUGUAUCAUCACUCCCAGAAUGUCACUCGGUCUCUAUCCGUUUUAGUUUUCAUCAAGAAUAGUUAGUCGAAGGCCACAAGGUGUUCACUAGCUUUUUGAUUUAGCUUACAAAGUGCUUUAUGUUGCUCUUUUCUUAAUGGUCUUACUUACCAAGGUGAGCCAGCCUAAUGACAGAGGUGUCAUAAUGAGUUGACCUCCUGAUCAUCAAAGGCCUUGACAUGAUCUCUUUUCAGUAGUUUCAGAUACUUCCUCUGUUCAACGUUCUCUAUCUGUCCGUGUCAAAUGCAGCAUAUGAUUUUUUUUACUAAGCCUUGGUCAGUGGCAGGUCUGGAUUAUUGUUUAUAAUGACACUAAAUAUAUAUUCCUCCAUUUUAAGUAACCUCUAAGAUAUGACAAUCAUGAAUGAGAUGAGGGAAAUAAAGAUUGUAGUGUUUUAUACCUAAUAUAUGGAUUUAUCAAAGGCCUUUUUUUAAACUAUUGUUGAAUUUUAAGAUGUUUAUAAAUGAUGAUGUUUGACAGAAUAGAUGUGUAUUUAUUGUUGCAAAAUCCAAAGUGCCGUGAAGGUGAUUGAUAGUGUUCUGCUCUUUAUUUUAGUCAGAGUAGUGUUAGGCUGAAUGCGACACGGUUGGUUGGGUGAACCAUGCUCGCGUGAUGAGUAGCCUUGUCUGAGACUAAAGACUUUACUUAGCUCCCCAAGCUAAGGCCUAGACGUUUAGCUCAGCGGCUAACAGUUGUGGCACGCAGAAGACUUGUGUAAGUGUGUGUGAACAUGCAUGUAAUAUACAGGUAACUGACUAAAUAAACGAUAUAUCAAAUUAAA